UCCCCAAAUUCAGUCAUACUCUAGCAUCGGUCGUGAGGAUGAUGCUCCAUCCUGCUACGUCCGAGAAACGUCGUGGUAGACAAGAAGAGUAAAACUCUAAAAUAUUACAGAACCGCCAAGUUGUGUUUGGCAACAGACAUUCAGUUGACUAUUACGAGAGUGUUGAUCAACAUUCCACGAUGGUUGUCUUAAAGAACGACUACUCCAACUGCCCAUUGAAGAAGAGGCCGCUGUCUGUCUCCUAUGAUGAUGCAACAGCAGGGAGUGAACAGACGGAACCUGAAGACCUCAGUCUCAAAUGUGGGCGGGAUGAACCAUCCACACCCCACCCACACACACGCCCCCAGGAACAAUGUGUCCACGACCCACACACACAGGAGCUGCAGUCACAAGGUAUACGCCCAAGGGAAUCACACGGUCAAACUUUGUGCACAUAUGGGUCAGACAGACUAUGUCCACCAGAGUCAUGUAAACAACCCAUGCACACUGAAACAACACGGUCACCGUCUAUACCUUCGCAUGAGCCACACACUCCUCGGGUUUCAGACGCACACAGCCCAUGUCCCAGACAACCACACAGAGUUGAUACAUCACCAGAAUCAGAGACAGAGUCGACAACUCCGGCACGACCAAUGUGUACUCAAACACCACUCAUCCCGCACCAUGACAAGCACUUACCUGUACCUGGCAACAGAACUGGUAUCAACUCUCACAGCUCAAUGAACUACAUGAGUCCCAGCUCACCCUUAAGGGAUAUUACUUGGGCUGGACAUCUUCCUUCCUCACCCGGAGUGGGUAGGUCUAUGUCAUUAGAAGUAGCUACACCCAAGAUACACCCAGCUGACCUCAGACAUUCUCCCCCUUUUAGUGAAGCCACUAGUUCAAACGUAAAUGCAGAACAAGCAUAUACAAACACCAAAGAGUUGCCGUCAGCACCAACAAAUGCAAGUCACUUUAGAAGCUCGGUAGAGACAGUGUUUGGGGUAACCCAGGACGCCCAUCCCAACUCCGUCUCAGCAGUCCGUCCUCACCGACCCUGGCUGGCUGAAGACCCUCCACGGCAAACACACCGCCAGUUUGCAGAUAUCAAUAGUCCCCUGCAACGCACACGACCAAACCCACUUUUAGCGAAUCCUCCUAGUUUGUGGGCAGGUAUGGUGCCACUCUCAUGGCCAAUACCACACCUGCUGGCCCCUCCCCACCCAGCCUCACCUGGCAGGCACCACCGAGAGUGUGGCUCACCUGGCUCGGAGUCCGGAUCAAGUGACAGUAGUAGCGGGGCCGGACGAGGUGAAGCGCCUUACUCGUGUACGGGAUGCAGUAAGUCGUACUCCACGUACUCUGGGCUGAGCAAGCACAAGCAGUUCCACUGUGAAGCUCUGGGCACCAAGUCGUUCGCGUGCAAACACUGCGACAAAGUGUACACAAGCCUGGGUGCCCUCAAGAUGCACAUCCGCACCCACACAUUGCCCUGCAAGUGUCAGCUCUGUGGCAAGGCCUUCUCGCGGCCCUGGCUGCUGCAGGGGCACAUCAGGACCCACACCGGCGAGAAGCCCUUCCAGUGUCCGCAGUGUGACCGCUGCUUCGCUGACCGCAGCAACCUGCGGGCACACCUCCAGACUCACGCUGAUGUCAAGAAGUACGCGUGUGUCACCUGCCAUAAGACCUUCUCCAGGAUGUCCCUCCUCAACAAGCACACCGAGGCCGCCUGCCCCGCCUUGCACCGCCGCACACAAUCGUGAUGGUCUCGCCAACACUGGUCCCACACCUGCCAUUCACACAAAUGAUGCCGGGAUGUUGUCCAGUAAUGUUGUGAAUGUUUAUAUCACUUCCAUGAUUCAGAAACUGGAGUGAUGAUUUAUAUUAAAUUUAUAUUAACUAUUUUUUUAAGUAAAGAAGUAUUUUUCAUAUAAAUAGACUGAGGUCCCAGUAUGUCUAGUCAUGUAAUAUAAAACUUUUGUACGCUUUUGUAAAUAAAAUUAUUUUUUAUUAA